AUGGCCACGUCGGUGGAGGAGGCCAUGGAGAGCUACGUGUAUCCCUCCUACAACCCUUAUUCCUACCGCUACCCGACGCCCAAGGGGAAAGGGCCGGCCCCCUGGCGGCAGCGGGGCGGCUACUUCUCCAGCUACGGGGAGAGCGCGGCGGCGGCCGCGGCGGCGGCGGCCGAGUACUUCGACAACUACCAGCGGGCGCAGCUGAAGGCCAUCCUGUCGCAGGUGAACCCCAGCCUGACGCCGCGCUUGCGCAAGGCCAACACCAAGGAGAUGGGCGUGCAGGUCAACCCGCGCCAGGACGCCUCGGUCCAGUGCUCGCUGGGGCCCCGGCCGCUCCUCCUGCGCCGCCGCGCCCCCCCGGAGCAAGGGCAGGGCAGCCCGGUCAGCAACGUGGCCGCCCGCGCCGUCCGCUUCCCCCGGACCAUCGCCGUCUACUCGCCCGUGGCCCACCGCCGCGCCACGGCCAAAGAGCAGGAGGAGCCCGGGCAGAGCAAGACCCGCGUGCGCUUCCAGUUCCUAGAGCAGAAAUACGGCUACUACCACUGCAAGGACUGCAACAUCCGCUGGGAGAGUGCCUACGUGUGGUGCGUUCAGGGCACGAAUAAGGUUUAUUUUCGGCAGUUCUGCCGAACUUGCCAGAAAUCGUACAAUCCCUAUCGUGUGGAGGAUAUCACCUGCCAAAGCUGCAAGCAGAAACGGUGCACCUGCCCUGUGAAACUACGCCACGUUGAUCCCAAGAAACCUCACCGUCAGGACCUCUGUGGAAGAUGCAAAGGCAAACGUCUCUCGUGCGAUAGUACAUUUAGUUUCAAGUAUAUUAUUUGA